CAAGUGCAUAAUAAAGUAAAAAAAGCGUUUCAACAACAGGCAAUUGAGCGGGAAUUGUAUUACACUAUUUUUAACAUAAAAUACAGAGUACUGUGUAUUUAAAUGACUACAAGAUGUUGUUUGUGUAGUCUUUCAUAGUGUUAUUUCAGGUGUUUAAGAUGAGUUCAAAGUUUUACAUUCACGGCGGCGGUCGUUGGCGGGAGAUAGAUUUGAAGACCGGGUGCGUGUCAGGCUGGGGCCCCGCGGGCUUCGUGUACGUGCGCGGCGGGCGGCUGGAGGUGGCGCGGCGACGGCGUGUGCUACGCGCGCUCCGCUCGCUAGCCGCCGACAGCCCCUCUGCCGCCAAAGCUAACAUUGUUUUGAGAGAAUAUGUAUCAACUCCAGCACCGAGUAUAGAAUUUCGGUCCAAAAGUCCAGUACAAUGGAAGACGAACAGAUGCAAUGAUGAUAGAUACAAGGUAUUGAAGGAGACCAGCAGUGUGGGCAUACAAUGUAACACAACUGUGGACGCUGCCAACCAAGUAUCUGACACAAUGAUGUCUCUACAACAUAACAAUGCAAACAAAAUAUUACCAUUAAGAAGAAAUGGCAGAUUUAUUAAAUCCAAGUCAAACAAAGUAAAUAAAAAAAUAGAUAAAGCUGGCAGAGAACUAAGAGGAAGUAGCAGAACCAAAGAAUUAGAUAGUGAAAAAUCAGAUAAACAAGAAUCAACAGAUAAAACUAAAAAGCGUAGACAAGAAGUAAAAGAAUUAUUAAUAGAAGAGGAAGUUGUAGAGAUUUUACGUAGAUAUUUGAAAAAGAACAACUUGGGUGUAGAUCCAAAGCGAUAUGACAUCGAUGAUGCGUACAAGGAGCAAGUGUUUUACAAAAUCAAUCCCCUGGUUGUGGUAGAACAGUGUCCUCAGAUAAAGAGGAUGCUUCAAAGCAGAACUGAAGUGUCAGAGAAUGAUUUUAUGAGUAGUCUUGGUCUGCAGUCGUUAAAACGAACCAAUAAGAGACAGAGAAGUGAGAGUACAUCAACACAAUCCAUUCAAGAUAAUAAGGAAAAUGAAUCAGAGAACACUCGGAGUUCACAGCAUAGUAAAGGCUUAAAAGAUUCCAUGUUAAAGAAAUAUAAGUCUUCUGUGAAAGAGAAGCAGAUCAGUCCGCAGAAGAGAAAAGUGGUAUUAUUGAGUAGCAACAGCGACAGUGACUUCCGAGAGCCCCAGCAGUCGUGUACUUCACGUUUCAGUCCACAAGUGAACGGGUUACAUGAAUCUAGUUCUUCGCCACUCACGUCACCUGAAAAGGAAAUUGUCACCGGUGCACGGGAUGGCACUAAAGCACCAAGUCGGACAAUUGGCACCAGGAUACUUGGCACGCAGGCAGCUGGUACCAGGGUAGUGGAGGUGGGGGGUGGUGGGAGAACCGUGUACUCCCCGCUGGAGGACCAGGCUAUCAUAUCAUGGGUGCAGCGCGGAGACCGCGCGCGCCUCGUCAACGGCAACAGGCUGUGGCGCGACCUGCCGCCGCACCACGCCGCGCACACCGGCGUCUCGCGGACGUGGCACUCUCUGCGCAACCGCUACCUGCGCCACAUCCUGCCCUCGCUGGCGCACAUCGCUCCCUCCGCCCUCGCCGCCGCCCUGCGCGCCGCCGCCGCCACAGGUGAAAUAAAGCAGAAGCGUAACAAGCAGAAAACUGGAAAUAACUCGAUGUUUGCGAUGCCACGCGUGCGCAGCGCGUGGGCGCCGCACCGGGCGCGCCUCCUGCCUCCACACAGGCCUUCGCCCCCGCCCUCGCCCUCGCCUUCGCCUUCGCCACCGCGCUCCGGUAAGCCGAGUCCGCCGCGUGUAGAGAAGCGCACGGCUAGGGCCAAUCCUCCUCGUUUGACGGAUCGCAAAGCUAGGGUUAGUCCGGCUUCAGGAAAGCGCUCAGCUACGGCAAACAAUUUACAAAUUCCCCGGCGCGCAGCUAAAGCCAGUCCGCAGCGUGCGGGGAAGCGCACUGCUCGGGCGAACUCUUCGUCACCCAGUCCCCAGCGCAAGGCCAAGAGCAGUCCGUCGCGUGUGGCAAAGCGCACAGCAGGGACUAGUGCACCGGGUUCGGGGAAGCGCAGGGCUCGGGCAAACUCUUCAACAUCAGCCAGUCCCCCGGCCAAGGCCAAGGAAAGUCGGUCGCGUGUGGAAAAGCGCGCGGCUCGGGCGAGUUCUUCAACAUCAGCCAGUCCCCCCCGCAAGGCUAAGGGCAGACCGUCGCGUGUGGCAAAACGCGCAGCUCGGGCCAGUGCACCGGGUUCGGAGAGGCGAACAGCUCGGGCAAACUCUUCAACAUCAGCCAGUCCCCCCCGCAAGGCCAAGGGAAGUCAGUCGCGUGUGGCAAAGCGCACAGCUCGGACCAGCGCACCGCUCUUGGCAAAUGGCACGGCUCGGACCAGUGCACCACGUGUGGCAAAGCGGCCUGUUCGGGCUAGUGCACUGCAUUCAGCGAAUCGCACAACUAGGUCCGUAUCUUCAACCUCGACCAGUUCCUCGUGCUCGUCCAGGGCUUUGUCCAGGAAUUUGGACAGUCCCCCGCGGGCGGCCCGGCGCAGGCCCAGAGCGAGCUCCUCCAGCUCCGGCAGCCCCGAGCCCGCCGCCAGCUCCACACACACAGAAGAUGCCCUCCACGCGAUACACACAGUCAGAGAGAGAACUAGACUUAGCAAACGCUACUCCGAACUGCGGCAUAGAUUCGACGACGUGGAGGAGUCGUCGGACGAGACGCGGCGGGGGCUGCGCCCGCGCACCCCGGGUCCACCGCGCUCCGACACGCGGGGCUCCGCCACACAGGGCUCCGACAGGCGAGACUCUGCGGGACGCCUUAGACACCGCCCCAAGAAGAGAAGACUUUACAAUCCUGAAGUAAUUUGAUACAAGACGAGUGUGUUCAGUGAAGUGCGGACUACAAGUGUAGUGUGGCAAUCGAACAACGUAGCUACAGUUUAUGUCAAUUCAAGACUUAUUAAAUAUAAGGCAACAAAUAUCAUUUACUCUCCUAUCUUUUCAUUUAAAAUUAAUCAAACAGAUGUACAAUUGGGGAAUUUGACAGUAUUCCACUUAAAAAAAUAAAAUCAUUUCAUAUUUUAUGAGAUAUGGUUAUAAAUAAAGAUGCAGUCAUUAAUUAUGUCUGUACCAAAUAAGGUACAAGCAAGAGGAAAAGUUUGUCUUGUUCGAAGAAACGAGGCAUUUCUGUAAAGAAACACUGCAGAUUUCCCCAACUGCACUUUACAUUGAGUCUGCUAUUUCAAUUUAUUCGUUAUUCUGUGAAUUGCGUUUAGAUAAAUUUAAGUGAUUUUAAAAAUAUAGAUAGCUAAUGUUAUAUAGUUGAAAACUGUUUUGUUUGUAAAUUGCAAAAUCAGCCUUACAAAUGCAGAAUAAACUGAGUAAAAGUAAAAUUUGGACAUACUCAGUUUAUUCCUAAGUUUAACUUAUGUUUAUUUGUAAGGUUGUAUGUGUUUGUGUGCGAUAAAUAAUCCGUUGCUCACAGUUUGCUUCUGAUUAAAUUACCUGGCUUAAGAUCAACUUAAUUUACCCAUAAUACUUUCUGCAAUUUCACGGCUGGCUUACAAAUUGUACAUUAUGGUUAGUCAUCUUACUCCCGUAGGACUACAGGUUUUUGUCCUCCAUAACCCUAUCAUAAAUCAUCUCAGUCACUCUCUUCUUGUCACCGUUCACACAAUACAUCUCUUUCUAUGUCUACCUCUACCGGUGUACUCAUAACUAAUGUUCUUGUAACAUGCGAUUCCUCCAUAACAAGCCCCCAUGCUAACUUUACUCCUUACCUUCUCUACCACUGCCGCUACUCGUAUAUGGUGGUAUUUAGUAAUGCUUUGACAUUUCAUAAAGCUACAACUCAAUGGUACAAAUCUAAGUGAAUUAAACUUUUUAGAGAAAUAUCUGUAGUGUUUGUCUAUGGUUUAACAUUUGGAUUGUAUAGAGUAUAGACAAUUCACGCUAACUUUAUUUCCUCAAAUCAAAAUUGUCCUUUGAUUUUGAGCAAAUAAUGAGAUGGGAGUGAUAUUGUUAUGGCAUUUUCUACAUAUUUUAGUGUUUCAGUAGUUUUAUGUGAAAAGGAAACUCUCACAAAUUAUUUUAAAAGUUUGUUUACAAAAUAAAUCUAUUGUUGGAAUAAAAAUAUCGUUUCUAUAUCUUCUGCUGAAGAUUUAAAAUUAUUGAUAAUGUUUUUGUUGGAAUAAUUAUGGAUAUGUUAAAAUUGUGUUUGCAUUUCUUGCUGGGAUCUAAAAUGGAAGAGAAGUAGGUCUACAGAUCUUAAUGCAGGGAUAUAUGCCAGUAACACAGUAAUAUGCAUGCCAGUUAGUGUAUAUACAUGUAGGCUUUAGCUGGCGUGUUUAUCCCUUAAUUCGAUGGAGUUUUUUUAGGCAAAAAAAUAAGUUUUUUUAUAAAGUCGUAUUUUUGGAUAUGCAAUAAAUAAGUACUAUUUUUUUAAUUAGUUGUUUUUCACUGGACACUAGCGAAUUAAGGGUUAAGGAAUUAGCAUGUGUGUGCCAGUUAUUGGCAUCCAGCCUUUACUGUUACAAACUGUACAAGGAUUGUUGAAUUUUGGUCUGUUAAUUGUUUAAUAUUAUGUGUUGUCUAUUUAACUAAGGACCUGUCCCACCACUGGCUGAUAAACUCAGAUAUGUA